UGCGACGAUAACUAAUCUGUGGCUUUUGAUCGAUUUCUCGGCAACAGGCGAUGGGGGUGAAAUGGAACACUGGGUGGUUCAGUUUUGGUCCUCUUCUUCGCUUGUCCAAUCUUUCAACUGCUUUUGAAUUACCUUUUCUGGACCAAGUCUUGAGUAAGUCUAGAAAACUAUGGUGACGCCUUCUUCAAUACUUGAGUACCUCAGCUACUUUCCACUAGUUUCAUAAACCAUAAGCCAUGCCACCAAAGACAUCUAAAUAUAGCAAGGCUCCCGAAGCCGAGCACAGCCUGCUCCAUCACCUCUCGUCGCCAAAGCCAAAGCUGCAGGCCACACCGCAGAGCAAGAGCAGAACAAACACGUCCAACCAGUCAUGGCGACGGCCAUCCAGGAUAGCAAAGUGGGAAGACUUCGACUGCGCCAGCCUGAUGAAGUGCUGCGGCGGCCUCUUCCGCGACAUGCUCCAGCACGCCAUCGAACCGCUCAAGUUCCCCCUCCUCGAGAAGGGCGCGGUCACGUUCGCCGACGAAGACGCCCUACAGAAGCACUUCAUAUCGCAGUGGACGCACCCUAUCGUUUCAACCGCGCUGUCCCACGCCCAGCUCCAGUCUAGCGACCGCGGGCUCCGGCCGCCCUUUGUAGACAUGGUUGCCGGCGGGAAUGCCCAGAGAAUUGCCCGGAACAAGCCAGACUGGGCGGGCACGCGGGCGGCGGCGGCGGCGGCGGCGGCGGCGCCCUACGACGACCCCAAUGUGGCCAUCAAUAUCCUGCCCGUCAAUAUUCUCCCCGGAGAUACCAAAGUCAGCUACAAGUGGAGGAGCACCGAGAUCGUCGCCAAAGAAGUCGGCGCGAAUGAUCUAGUCCAAAACUGGUUCUGGCCCCUCAGGCAGAUCUUCACGUACUGCAUGAACUUCGGGACGCGGUACGGCUACAUCGUCACGGACGAGGAGGUCGUGGCGUUCCGUGUGCGGGUGCCCCAGGAACGGCUGCAGGUGAGCAAGUUGGGGGGACGCAAGCUCGUGCGGCCAAAAGACGGCGGCACGAUCGAGUACGCGGCCAUCUACGACUCGACGCAGAGCCAGGGCGGCGAGAAGAGGCUGACGGAGAACCUGGCCAUCUGGUGGCUCCAUCUCCUUGCGGCCAACAACCGGUCCAUCCAGACGGCGUAUGAUCCCCUCCAAGACGAGAAGCUGGCCGGGCUAGGCAGAGCAGUAGCAGAGCCUACUCCACCCACGCAGGCGGAAACACCAGCUGCGAGCACCGUGGCCGCAACGGACCGGGCGUCGCCUUGUACAACAGUUAUGACAUAUGACAGCGUAGCUGAUUCAGACGCCGUGUAUGCUUCGCAACAGACAGCCGGCAGGUUCCCGUUCGGCUCUCCUGUCGGUCUGGGGGACUCAUUUGUGUCGUUCCAUUCUUUGAGGAGCACGAGUUCCAAAAGGAAGCGUGACAGUGUAGAGCCCGAAACCAGGGUACCAAAGGCCAAGAAAGGAAAGACAAGAAACUAAAUAAGCAACCACGUAAUUAUCGUGUAUGGGAGCGAGGUGAAAUAUUUAGAAACUUCUAUGCUUACAGCCAUUCAUGGGCUGUUGGAAAGCAUGGCAAUUUGGAUGGGAUGUGCGGUCGUGGCAGGUGCUGUAGUCGUAUUCUCUUCAGGCGAUAGAUAGUUGGGAUUGUCCCAAUGACCCGAGUCUCUGAAGCAUUUGGGCCGAUCGUUCAGAAGAUAUGUUCCUGGACUCGUAAUGAUCAGGGGUUCAGGGCCGGGUGACAGGGGGCUUGUUUACACGCUUACC